AUGGAGGGUGAGGCUGAGGAAGCAAUGCGCAAUGUCUGCUCUCCUGGCGAAGCAUGCACACCUGAGACAGCGGCUGCAACUCCUCAGCCCCCGUUGACAGCUGCAACUGAGGAAGAAUCAUUUGAGGUUGUUGGAAAGGCGAUUUCCGCCCUCUUAGCUACUGAAUACUGCUCCCAGGACCCCGAAGUGGUCCGCAAGCUCGCUGAGGAGCUGCACGUGACAGGAGAUCCUUUGCUCGUUAGCAGUGAAGUAACAGAAGGCCCAGCAGAGGGUCGACGAGUUGAACGUGCAGAGUCUUCAGCAUCUGCAUCCCACUCAGAAGGGGAAGAAGAGAGCCUUGUCUCGAACAACCAAGAGCAAGAAGCUAGCAGCCAUCAUUCCUUCACAACUGUUUGCUUUGCUAAUGGGACGAAGUACACGGGGCUGCUAUGCAGCCGCAUGCGGCUUUGUGGAGAAGCUUUAAUUGAGUGGCCCUGCGGCGCCACCUACAAAGGACAGGUUACCGGGGGAUUGCGCCACGGAGUCGGCACCUUCACUUCGGCAGACGGGAAAUUCACAUACGAGGGAGAGUGGUGCCAAGGGGUACGCAGUGGCUGGGGUGUCCUGACCGGCGCUGAUGGCAGCAAAUACAGCGGUGAAUGGGUGGCCGGGCGCCGCCACGGAUUCGGGGAGCAGCUGUUUGCAGACGGCAGCAGAUAUGAGGGCCAGUGGGUUGACGGGUUGCAAGAGGGGCAGGGGCUGAUGAUUUGGAAGGACCCCUCAGUGCAGUAUGUUGGGACCGUCGGGCGCAAUCUGCAGCAAAACCAAUACGAAGGCCAAUUCAGGAACGGCCGUAGAGAAGGCGUUGGAGCGUUCAGCUAUUCUAAUGGGGCGCGAUAUGAAGGAUCGUGGGUAGCCGACCAGAAACAUGGAAUUGGCACAUUCAAGUCCGAGACAGGGGCGCUUUACGAAGGUCUAUUUGUUUACGACCGAAUGGCGGAAGCGCCGCCCAGUCUUCUUGAUGAUCCUGUUCGAGCUCUUGUCGACCUGUCCACUGCGCAGCAGGCGGAGGUCUGCAGGCAUCUAGAAGCGUACAAUGGGCAGAACUUGUGGACCCAAGUCAAUGCAUGCGAACGUCUUGCUGCAAGAACUAUACGAAGUGUCUACCAGACUAUGCUGAGGAAUGUGUGCAUCCUUCGUCGCGUGUACGGCGCCUAUCGUCGCUUCGCGCCAAUGCCCCAUAGCGACCCAUAUGUGCUGUCUUGUGCACAGUUCUGGUGUCUGGCCUUCGACGCGGGGCUUUUAAGUCCUUCCUCCCCUCUUUAUGAGACAGCAAAGCUCACAAAGCACAGACAUCCGGGAACGCCCGCAACGCUGACGGUCAUUGCGGCGGAGAGGAGGCGCAGCUCACAAAGCACAGACAUCCGGCUGGCUGAGCUUACGAAAAGUUCAGCAGAUGCAGCAGCGGAUGAAGCAGCAGAUGGAGCUGCAGAUGCAGCUGCAGAUGCAGCACCUACUGCAGCACCACAUGCAACGCCACGCGAAACACCAGAUGCAGCACCAGAUACAACAGAAGUGUCAGCACCUGCUGUUGUACCGGCGGCUGACCAGCAGCAGCACUCUCACACUCCUCGCUCACCAAUGGGUGUUCCAACGAGUUACGAACAUGUCAUCAGCCAUCAGGAUAAGGCACGACCACCAACCUAUGAGACUAUGGCGGAAGAUUCUCUCCGCCUGCACCGCCGACCCGUGUUAUUCACUGCAUUCUUAAGGGCCCUAGUAUUACUUUUGCAGAUCCGCCUGCGCAGUCUCCGAAGAGUGGCAGACAGGAGUCGUCCAACUGGCUGCUCAGGAACUACAGGUAGUGGGGACCCUAUUGAGAGCAUCGACUUAGAUGACCCCAAUUGUUUAAGCCUUGCUUGGAUAGCGCUGUGCCGCAAGCUCCGCAUUUUCAGCGAGACCAUUGAGAAGAAAAUACAAAAUGAGCUUAAAGAAGCAUCGCAGAAGGAUGAAGACCCACCGAACGAACAGGGCAAUCAGACAGUUUCUAACGGCACAAGUCAACAAGCAGAGGCCAGCGACCCUGUGCCAAGUGGCCUCAGUAACGCGCCUAGUGAACAGUCGCAACUCAAACAGAGCGCGCCUCCUCAACCAGCUGCACGCAGACAAGACUCGUCGUCUCAGCAGCUCAAGCGGUCCCCCUCAGGACAGGCGAGACCGAAGGCAUCCAUCAGCAGGCAACAGUCCGGAGUGACGUCUACGAGUACACGGAAGGCCCCAGAAGCAACCCGGUCAACUGGCACAGGGCCUGGUACAACUUCGAAUACGAAUGACAGCAAAGCAAAAGAUCCUUCUCAAUGGCGAAUUGGCACUCCUAGGGAAAGCUCCUUGCGUAGCAGUGAUGUAGUAGAAAUGGCAGCCUGUGCAGGCCGCCAUGCAGAGGCGUUCCGCCAUGCCGCUCUAGCAGAAAAAUGCUGCACCCUGGAUGAGGCCCUUCACAGAGCCUUGUUCGCGAGCUCCUCACAGCGCGUCGGCUCAAAAGCGGCAAUCGUGUUGCGGGCGACGCCGAUGAGUUCUUUCGCUUUGCCAGCACUUGGCUUGGUCGCCCUGAUGGUGGAGGUGCUUCCUGCAUCAGACGAGUUGAAUAGCCUGCGUCAUCAUCGAUCUAAGAAGCCUAGCGCGCAGCAGGACAAGGCGCAGGACCCAUCAAGUUUGCAGGAAGACGGAGAGGUCGUAGAAGCCUCGACAGCUGCCCCGGACGAUCCCACGGCGGCCAAACGUGCUGAGAUACAGCGCCAGCAGCAACAGCAGUUGCUGGUGAUCGGGAAGCAGCAGCAACAUCUUCGAGAAGCGAUGCGCAGGGGACUGCUGUCUUGGACAGAAGUUGCCAGCUGGAAGCUGACUUUCAUCGAGGUCCAGCGGCUCCUCUUGCGAAUCGUUCAGCUAAAGAUGCCUCCUGCAAUCGCUGCCCUACUCCCCCUGGAACUUCAAGUCGAGGAGUUCCUUCGCCGCUUCUCCGCCGCCGUAUCCCCCCCGUUGAGGGACACGCAGCAGCUGCUGAGUUCACCUGUGCGGCAGGCAGAGACACAGGAGCAGCAGCUAGCCAGCCAGCAGUUUUCCUUGGAGGCAGAUCUACGAUCGGCCUAUACAGAUAGAUGA